AUGGCGUAUUUGGGUUUCAAUGGUUUCAGACUAUCGAUUUCAUGGACCAGAAUAGUACCAACUGGAAAGAGAAGUGAUGGAGUUAAUGAGGCAGGCAUCACAUAUUACAAAGAGCUCCUCGAAGAGCUUAAAAAACAAGGGAUGGAGCCUUUCGUGACACUUUUUCACUGGGAUGUUCCUCAAGCACUCGAAGAUGAGUAUGGUGGUUUCUUGAAUUCUAGAAUCAUUGAUGAUUUCCGGGACUACGUAGACAUUUGCUUUGAUCGAUUGGGGAAAUACGUGAAGUAUUGGAUCACCUUUAACGAGCCAUAUGAAUUCAUCACUUUUGGAUAUAUUGAUGGCGUCUCUCCUCCUGUCAAUCUGGAGGAUCCUGGGAUAAACCCAUAUAUAGUAGCCCACAACUUGCUCCGUGCUCAUGCAGCCGCAGUGGAUCUUUACAGGAACAACUACCAGAGAUCCCAAGGGGAACAGAUUGGACAGAUUGGAAUUACAUUGAGUCGGAAGUGGAUGAAGGCUUUAUCCCCCGAUAAACGUACCGAUGUUGAUGCUGCUGCUAGAGCUACUGAUUUCACAUUUGGAUGGUGCAUUGGGCAUUGCACCACACUUGAGAUGAUGAAAAUUCAAACUGGUUCAGAAUGGAUCUAUCUCUAUGCGAGUGGGAUACGAGAUGUUCUAAAAAGCAUAAAGGAGAAAUAUCAUGGCCCCGUUAUUUACAUUACUGAGAAUGGAAUUGGAGAACACAGCUCAUCGACAAUGGAUAAAUCUAUCCAUGAUUUCCAGAGAAUAACCGCCCUCAACGACCAUCUAUAUUACAUUUAUAUGGCCAUGAAGUAG